UUCCAUUCAAAGGAAAGCUUUCCCGCAAACAAUUUACGACAAACAAAUUUUCGUGAAAAUCUUUUUCAUAUUUACAUUUUAUAUAUGUAUGGAAAUUGGUACGAAUAAAGCUAAUCAAGAGCACUCGUUCACAUUUAAUUGAAAAUCAAAUUUUUCAACCAAAAAAAAGUGUAAGAAAAAAAUCAGACAUGGAGGAUGACGAAGGGCAAGAUUUAAAUCUAAAUGAAAUAUGGCGUGCUUGCCGCAAAAUACAAGAUUCAAUUUUCCGUUAUGGUUUCAAUAUUUGCGCGGACUUCUUGGAACACGAUCCAAACUGUACUGGUUUGAUAUCAGAUUCACUUUUCACCGGCAUUUUGGGCAAAUACAAAAAUGUGGCAGGUCUUUCUGAUUUCGAGCUACGCGAAGUGACCGAUUAUUUUCGUCUGCGCGAUGGACGUGUUGCCUAUAGGCAAUUCUGUAAAGUUGUGUGCGAAGAACCUACAUCCAUCAAAAAAAAAGAUUUGGCUACUGGAUUGGAGUGGAAUGAUCCCAUGCAUUUUAAUGUUAUACCAAGGCCUGAGGAUCGUCGUCGUUUAUGUUUGAUACUCAUAAAAAUUGCGCAAUUCAGUAAUUUGCCGUUAUUUCCAUAUUUUCAAGACUAUGAAAUAGUUUCCAAAAAUGUUGGUGUCGUGACGAUCGCACAUUUCUCUCGAGUUCUACACUUCAUGAAGAUCCCCAUCUCGGAUGAUGAUUUUCUCUUGUUGCUCAAACGUUAUAUGAAGGACUCUUUUACCGUCAACUAUGUAGCCUUUAUGAAACAUAUACAAAAUAUUAUUGAUUAUUUAAAAACAAAUAAUCUGUUGGACAACGCUUUGCAAAUCAUCAAAGACUUCCCAGGGCGUCUGGUUGACCUUGAAUUUUCUGAAUUGCCAGCUGUCAGUGGCACUCAAAUGGCAAUCAAGGCAUUUCCUGAUCUAUGUAACCAUCCGAAAGAAAACAAGGACGUGUGUGAUCUUAUAUUCUGUAUUCAAAAUAUCAUAUAUAAGCGUCGUGUGCGCGUAAAAGAGUUCCUCGAGUGUUACGAUCACCUACGCACCGGCACAAUAACGAAGAAUCAGUUUGAACGCGCUCUUGACAAUAUGGGAGUAUACAAGUAUCUCUCGCAACGUGAUUUGAAUUUAUUGUGUGCGCGCUACAUAGACCCCAUCGAUACAAAUCGCAUAAUGUGGCGUUUAUUCGAGAACGAGAUCGAUCGAGUUUUUACCAUUAAAAACCUGGAUAAGGCUCCACUUUUGGAGGUGCAAUCGCCACCUGACUACAUAAAGUAUAUGCCGCGUGAUGGCGCUUUAGAUUGGGAUAAAGCUGAGGAGAGUACGCGGAAUUAUUGCGAGGAAGCUUUGCAGCAUAUACAAAUACGCAUACGAAACCGCCGUUUGCACCUACAUCCGUUCUUCCGCACCUAUGACAAAUUAAAUAGCGGUCAUGUUGGUUGUAAUCAAGCCAAUCAAGUAUUCCUCAGCAACGGCAUAUUGCUGUCCAAUAAUGAACUCAAUUCGCUACUGGCACGCUAUGGCAAUGAACUGGGCUUUAAUUACACGAAAUUCCUUGAGCAUGCCGAUCCCGCUGAAUACGCUGUGCCAAAGUUAAAGCCCCAUCCGGAAGCACUCAAGGCAGACUGUCCAGCAGUCAGCAAAGAUAUUGGCAACAACUACAAUGAGGAGUACAUUAUAAAAUUGCUUUCGAAUAUCAAGCGACAAGCGAUAACUCGUAGCAUCAAUAUUAUUGACUUCCUACAAGACUACGAUCGUCAUCGCGAGGGCGAUAUAUUAGAGAUUGACUUCAAACGCGGCUUGGAUAAUGCACUUAUAACGCUCACUCCGGGCGAAUCGAGUGUAAUUUGCACUAUCUUCCGUUCACCCAAACGUGCUUGCUGUGUGCUCUAUCGCGACUUUUGUCGUGCACUUGACGAAAUCUUCAUUGAAAUCGAGACAUCAAUGGGUGAUAAGCAGAUCAUAGCUGUGCCCCUCAUCCACUUGGCUAAUCUAGACUGUUUCGAUUGCUUCCUCAAUUUCGACGAACGCACCCUCUGCUCGCAAGCUCUCAUGAAGUUAGCGCGCAAGCCGGACGAAAUCUCUAAUUUGAAACAAGUCUUCCAGGACUUUGAUCGCGAAAAUUGUGGUACUAUAAGGCGAAAUCAGCUACUACGAGCGAUAACUGUACGCGAAAUGCACAACAUGGUGAGCAGUCGUGAGCUGGAUGCAGUUUGCAAGUGUUUCGGUGUACAACGCGGCCUGCACUUGGAAUUCAACUACCGCGAAUUCUUAAAUACGUUGGAAAUUCUAUUCCGCACGGGGCAGGUCAAACGCAAUUACUAAGGAUUGAGCUAUAUAACGGAAGGGUAGAUGAAAUACUUGAAUAUGCAUUUAGGUUUGUUGAAAUUUUUUUGUGUCAGAACUUUUAUGCAAGCAAGCUCAAUGGAAUUAGUAUCUCCAAAGGUGUAGA